UAUAAUAUCUGUCUCCUAAGCAACAAGCAAACAAACACACCUCACAAUCACAACUGAUAAAUGAUCACUGGUUCAUCUCUAUAUAUACUAGAAGACAGAAAAUUCUGGACUUGAAUCGUCAAAGUAGAACAGCAUUUAAUGUAUGAGGAUUUUAUGACUUACUACUUGAUAAGGAAGCAAGAGCAAGGUUUGAUAGCAGUGAAUGAGAAAGCAAGAUCUGGUUAUCCUCUUUCCCUCAUUUUUUCUGUCUAAUGACUAACUUGAAUUGAUCGGAGAUUUGUUCUAUUGUCUUUCAGAGAAUCUGCUCUUACAAGAAAAAAGAGUUGCCACGGCACAUACCCAGAUUCUCUCUCCAAACAAUUCAUUUGUUUCUCGCUGCGACUUGUUCCAUUUUCAGAUAUUUCAUAUAGCACCUACCAACGCAGAUGACGGUGAAAUGCUCAUGGUCCUCUCUCUGCUCUGCUUAAAUCUUAAGACACGAUACUAACUCCGAAUUUUCAAUCGUAUUUCUCAUGAGAGGAUCAAUGACGCUAAUGGAUAUAACCAACUUGCUCUUCAAUGGACUCUCGUCUUCUCCGCCGACGGAAUCUCCAGCCAUGAAUACAAUUUUGGGAGGUUUUAAGGAUUUGCCUUUGUUGGAACGACUAUCUGUUUUGAUCCACCUAGCACUUCUCAUUCUCUUUCUUUCUUUCGCGUCAGCAAAGCGGCUGGUCGCUUGUAUUGGUCGUCGGAUACCGGUCACUAAGGAGGACUCGUCGAAUGGGAAUUCUUUUCCAGUUCGCCACAGUGAAGAUGUAAUUGCCAAUGUAAAGAUUGGUGCGGGAUUUAAGGUUUCGGUUUUCUGUUGUUUCUACGUUCUAUUUCUGCAAGUAUUGCUUUUAGGGUUUGAUGCCGUUGGCCUUAUUAGAGAUGGGGCAUAUGAAAAGAGGAGGGACUGGUCCCUUCUUUGCUUGCCUGUAGCUCAAGGUUUAGCUUGGUUUGUUCUGAGCCUUUUGGCUUUUCACUGUAAAUUCAAACCUUUAGAAAAAUUCCCAUCUUUGCUACGGGUAUGGUGGUCUGUUUCAUUUCUAAUCUGUCUGUGUACUCUGUACGUUGAUGGCAGGGGAUUGCUUGUAGAAGGGUGGGGACGUUUUAAGUCACAUGUUGUGGCGAAUUUUGCUUCCACCCCUGCUCUUGCAUUCCUCUGUUGCAUUGCAUUCCGGGGUGUUUCGGGAAUACAAAUUUGUAGAAACCCCAAUUUUCAAGAUCCAUUGCUGCUUGAAGAAGAAGAAGCAGGUUGUCUUAAGGUGACUCCUUAUAGUGAAGCUGGGCUAUUUAGCCUGCUCACACUUUCCUGGCUGAAUUCUCUUCUGUCUGUUGGUGCAAAAAGACCACUAGAGCUCAAGGACAUCCCUCUUUUAGCACCAAAAGAUCGGGCCAAGACUAGUUACAAGGUUUUGAACUCAAAUUGGGAGAAAUUAAAGGCAGAUGAUCCUGCAAAGCAGCCAUCAUUGGCUUGGGCAAUUCUGAAAUCAUUCUGGAAGGAGGCAGCCUGCAAUGCCAUCUUUGCCGGCUUGAAUACACUAGUUUCGUAUGUGGGUCCUUAUCUGAUUAGCUACUUUGUGGACUACUUAGGAGGGAAUGAGACUUAUCCGAAUGAAGGUUAUGUUCUUGCAGCAGUUUUCUUCACUGCCAAGAUGGUGGAAACUAUAACCACCCGGCAGUGGUACUUGGGGGUAGACAUUUUGGGUAUGCAUGUGAGAUCGGCUCUAACUGCUAUGGUGUAUCGGAAGGGGCUCAGGCUUUCAAGCUUGGCCAGACAGAGCCACACCAGUGGUGAAAUUGUAAAUUACAUGGCAGUUGAUGUGCAACGAGUGGGAGAUUACUCAUGGUAUCUUCAUGACAUUUGGAUGCUCCCUCUACAAAUAAUUCUUGCUCUAGCAAUUCUCUAUAGAAAUGUGGGAAUUGCUUCAGUUGCAACACUAGUAGCCACCAUUGUCUCCAUUAUUAUUACUGUCCCUCUAGCAAAGAUGCAAGAAGAUUACCAAGACAACCUAAUGGGAUCCAAGGAUGAAAGAAUGAGGAAGACCUCAGAGUGUCUAAGAAACAUGAGGAUUCUCAAGUUGCAAGCAUGGGAGGACAGGUACCGGGUGAAGCUGGAGGAGAUGCGGCAUGUGGAAUUCAAGUGGCUUCAAAAAGCCCUCUAUUCACAGGCUUUUAUUACAUUCAUCUUCUGGGGCUCUCCCAUUUUUGUCUCAGUUGUCACUUUUGGUACUUCUAUACUUUUGGGUCAUCAGCUCACAGCAGGAGGUGUUCUCUCUGCUCUGGCCACUUUCAGGAUCCUGCAAGAACCACUUAGGAAUUUUCCAGACUUGGUCUCAAUGAUGGCUCAAACUAAGGUCUCUCUGGAUCGAAUUGUUGGAUUCUUGCAGGAGGAAGAGUUACAGCAAGAUGCCACCAUUGUUAUCCCUAGAAGCCUCACAAACAUUGCCAUAGAGAUAAAAGAUGGUGAGUUCUGCUGGGACCCCUCUUCCCCAAGGCCAACAUUGUCAGGAAUACAGAUGAGUGUGGAGAAGGGGAUGCGUGUGGCUGUUUGUGGUAUGGUUGGUGCUGGAAAAUCAAGUUUCCUCUCCUGCAUCCUUGGGGAAAUACCUAAAGUCUCUGGUGAAGUUAGAGUAUGUGGAUCUGCAGCUUAUGUUUCUCAGUCAGCUUGGAUACAGUCAGGAAAUAUAGAAGAAAACAUUCUGUUUGGUAGCCCAAUGGAUAAGAUAAAGUACAAGAGUGUUAUUCAUGCUUGCUCAUUGAAAAAGGAUUUGGAACUCUUCUCACAUGGUGACCAGACAAUUAUUGGUGAUAGAGGCAUAAAUCUCAGUGGAGGCCAGAAGCAAAGGGUACAACUUGCCAGGGCUCUAUAUCAAGAUGCAGACAUUUACUUACUUGAUGAUCCGUUCAGUGCUGUUGAUGCACAAACAGGAUCAGAAUUAUUUAAGGAAUAUAUAUUGACAGCAUUGGCAACUAAGACUGUGAUAUUUGUCACUCAUCAAGUUGAGUUUCUGCCAGCUGCAGAUCUGAUACUGGUCCUUAAGGAGGGACGCAUCAUACAGGCAGGAAAAUAUGAAGAUCUUUUGCAAUCUGGAACUGAUUUCAACACAUUGGUUUCAGCUCAUCAUGAAGCAAUUGAAGCUCUGGAUAUCCCCAUGCGCUCAUCUGAUGAUUCAGAUGAAAAUGUUCCUGGUGAUGGUUCUAUAAUGUUUAAUAAAAAGUGCAACUCAACUGCAAAUAAUAUUGACAGUCUGGAUAGGGUAGCAACAGAAAAUGAAUCAGCUUCAGAACGGAAAGCAAUUAAAGAAAAGAAGAAGAUAAAACGCUCAAGAAAAAAGCAGCUAGUUCAGGAAGAGGAACGAGAAAGAGGAAAAGUCAGCAUGAAGGUGUAUUUAUCAUAUAUGGGUGCAGCAUAUAAAGGCUUACUAAUACCACUCAUUAUUCUUGCACAGACAUCAUUUCAGGUGCUUCAGAUAGCCAGCAGCUGGUGGAUGGCCUGGGCGAAUCCACAAACUAAAGGGGCCCAACCGAGGACAAGCAGUAUGGUCCUUCUUGUUGUUUAUAUGGCCCUUGCUUUUGGGAGCUCUUGGUUUGUGUUUGUUAGAGCAGUUUUAGUUGCUACAUUUGGUCUGGAAGCUGCACAGAAAUUUUUUACAAAGAUGCUUAGAACCAUCUUUCUGGCACCAAUGUCUUUCUUUGACUCUACCCCAGCUGGACGGAUUUUGAAUCGUGUAUCUGUGGAUCAAAGUGUUGUGGAUCUUGAUAUUCCCUUCAGACUUGGUGGGUUUGCAGCAACAACAAUUCAGCUUCUUGGUAUAGUUGGUGUGAUGACUCAAGUUACCUGGGAAGUCUUGCUUCUUGUUGUCCCAAUGGCCAUUGCUUGCCUGUGGAUGCAGAAAUACUAUUUGGCUUCAUCAAGGGAACUUGUUCGCAUUGUAAGCAUUCAGAAAUCUCCAAUAAUCCAUCUUUUUGGGGAGUCAAUUGCUGGAGCAGCAACAAUUAGGGGUUUUGGGCAAGAAAAGCGAUUCAUGAAGAGGAACUUAUAUCUUCUUGAUUGCUUUAAUCGCCCCUUCUUCUGCAGCCUCUCAGCCAUUGAGUGGCUCUGCUUGCGCAUGGAAUUACUUUCAACUUUCGUAUUUGCAUUUUGCAUGACUCUUCUUGUGGGCUUCCCACAUGGAAGUAUUGAUCCAAGUAUGGCUGGUCUUGCUGUGACAUAUGGCCUUAAUUUGAAUGCAAGAUUAUCACGUUGGAUACUGAGCUUUUGCAAGCUUGAAAAUAAAAUUAUUUCUAUUGAACGUAUUCAUCAGUACUGCCAAAUCCCAAGCGAAGCUCCAACUAUUAUUGAGAACUCUCGCCCUCCAUCCUCCUGGCCAGAAAAUGGAACAAUUGAAUUGAUUGAUCUGAAGGUUCGUUACAAGGAAAGUCUUCCUGUGGUCCUUCAUGGAGUAACAUGCACAUUUCCUGGUAGGAAGAAGAUUGGUAUUGUUGGACGUACUGGAAGUGGCAAAUCUACAUUGAUCCAGGCUCUUUUUCGGUUGAUUGAACCAGCAGGUGGGAGGAUCAUCAUUGACAACAUUGAUAUUUCAACAAUUGGUCUUCAUGAUCUGCGUGGUCGUCUAAGUAUCAUUCCACAAGAUCCAGCCUUGUUUGAAGGGACCAUUAGGGGCAACCUUGACCCACUUGAAGAACACUCUGAUCAUGAUGUGUGGCAGGCUCUUGAUAAAUCUCAGCUUGGUGACAUAAUCCGGCAAAAGAAGGGAAAGCUUGGUACCCCAGUAUUAGAGAAUGGGGAUAACUGGAGUGUUGGACAGCGGCAACUUGUUUCAUUAGGACGAGCUUUGCUGAAGCAGGCACGAAUACUAGUUCUUGAUGAAGCCACAGCUUCUGUUGACACUGCCACUGAUAAUCUUAUCCAGAAGAUUAUCCGAACAGAGUUUAAGGACUGCACUGUCUGCACUAUUGCACAUCGAAUCCCAACUGUCAUUGACAGUGAUCUAGUUCUGGUCCUCAGUGAUGGUCGUGUUGCUGAAUUUGAUACUCCUGUCCGACUGUUGGAGGACAAGUCAUCAAUGUUUUUAAAGCUGGUAUCGGAGUACUCUACGAGGUCAAGUGGCAUACCAGAGUUUUAAAUUUGAUGGCAUGCCACCCCACCCUAAAGGAAAAACUCUAACAGCAGCAGAUGUAUAGAAAUGAACCGCGCAGCGCUGCAUCUCCCUCUACUGAAUCAUUUAGCAGUUAAAGAGGUGGAAUGGGGAGAAAUGACAUGCAUUUUCUUGUAUACCACUAUGGGGGAAAAGAGUAGUAUCUACAUGAUAAGGGUACUGUUCCCUUUCCAAGCAGAACUAUAGUAUGGGAACACAGCUAGUCCAAUGCAAAGAUGAGCUGGGUCACCAAGGAUAAAGCAAUAAUAAUAUGCAAGUGAAGGAAAUUACAUUUGGGAGGGAAAGGAUUACUCCUAUUCAGCAGGCUCAAUAAUGAAAUCUUAGUGUCAAACCCAGGCGACUGGCAUUCAUCUUAUUCAAAUUUGCAGGGCAUUUGCAGUUGUGUCCUGCGUUGCUAGUCUUGGAUGAUAUAAUUCUUCUAAUCAUGGUCAUCGCCCUUCUUCCCUUAUUAUUUGUGUGCAUCACAGUGAGGAUAUAUAUAUAUAUAUAUGUGGACUCAACACUGCAGCUCAGAUUCUGAAGAUAAAAUUUAACGGUUUUUUAUGGCAUAAGCUGUAAUUGACCUGACCAAAUGUCCUAACCACUAUUUGACACAAUUCUUUUGGAUAUAAUAAACCAAAGAAGAAAGAGAUGAUUAGUGCUAUCCCAUCUUGAAUGUGUUUUGUUGAGCUUCUUUUCUUUGUUAGAGAUGGUUUUUCCUUCCCUCUUACUGGAUGGAUGCUACCUAAAAAUGUAAUUUUCAUUUGUUGAAUGCAAAAGUUGAAUACUUUAUAUUCUCA